UUUCCGGCAUCCGGGCCAGGGCGGCCGGCUCGGAAGCUUUGCUAGCGGCAUGGAAGUCCACGGAGAAACCCAGUCCAGCCCGACCUCUUCUUCGCCCCCCAAAGAUGGCUCUGGGGUCUCGGUGUCCAAGGAGUUGCUGACGGCGGGGAACGGCGGCCACGGAGGUAUAUGGGACAGAUUGCUCAUCAACUCCAAGCCGGAUCCCAGAAAGAGUUCCACUCUUCAAACAGUUCGGAUAGAGAGGAGUCCCUUACUGGACCAAGUACAGACCUUUCUCCCACAGCUGGCUCAGGCGAAUGACAAGCUAAGAAAAGAAAUGGCGGCUGCACCACCUGGUCAUUUCAAUAUUGAAAAUAUCGAUGAGACGCUUGGAAAAGUUAUACAGAUGGAUGUGGCCUUGUUUGAGAUGAACCAGUCUGAUUCAGAGAAAGAGGACAGUUCGAAAGAGAGUUCAGAGGCCAGUUCCGAGGACAGUUCGGAAUCUGAGCAUGAAGAUGACAGCACGUCCUCUGAAGUCACCAUAGAUAACAUUAAGCUUCCUCACUCAGAAGAUGGGAAGGGCAAGAUAGAAGUUUUGGACAGCCCUGCCAGUAAAAGAAAGAAAUAGCGAAAUAGAUGAUCUCAGAAACAGGUGAUCUGUGCCUUCUAGUUCUGAGAAAAAGAGUGUGGCUCGCUGGUGGUUUUGCAUUUCAGGCGUCUGAUGCUGUUGUGAUUUCGGACGUGCUUUGGUUCUUGGAAAAACAGAAGCUGACUUACAUUAAAGAGUUGGAAUAGGUACAUUUGGAGAUCUGCUAAAAGCAGACUGUCUUUGAUCUCAGGCUGAAGAGACUUAGUUUAGAAAGCCUAACGUUAUUUUUGGUGAUAAGUGAAUUUGUUGGCAUCUUUUUUCUUCAGCGUAAACUUCAGACAUAUCAGACUGACUUAUUUUUUGAUCCUCACACAUGGACAUUCUUUUACUACUUUUUAGAGAGGGAGGAAGAGCAGGGAGGUGGCAGGGGGAAGAAAUAUCCCUGGGAGAGAGAAACAUCAAUGGGUUGCUUCCUGUAUGUGCCCUGAGUGGAGAUCAAACUUGCAACCUGUGUAUAUGCCCUGAGCGGGAAUUGAACUCGCAGCCUUUCAGUUUACUGGAUGAUGCUGUAACCAACUGAACUACACCAGCCAGGACUCACACUUAUUAUUAUUUUUUAAAAUCUUUUCUUGAUGGUGGUUUUUUUUAUUUCAAUUGUUGUUCAAGUACAGUUUUCCGUCUUUUACUCCCAUCCCAGCCCACCCACCCAGCCCUCGACUCACACUGAUUUAAAGUAAAAAUACAAAUCACCUAUUCAUUUUUGAAUAUCAUAUCCAUAUGCAAAAUAAUACCCUGGAAUACAAUAAUUGGUUUUGUUUCUAAAUAUAAAUAAAUUAAAAACUGAAUUAAAAAAUUAAAAUGAAAGAUUUCUUCCCUAAAAGUUGGGUCCAAAAACAUGGUUGUGCAUUAUACUUGAGAAAAUACAAAUAAUAGUGAUUUUUUUACCUGUCAAACUGGCAGAUGGAACUGCUGAGCCUUUCCGUGUGUCAGCGCUAUUCUGAGUGUUUUCCAUGUGGGUUACCGCCAUUUGUAUGCCUGUAAAAAUGCAUCAAGCUGUACACUGAACAUUUGUGCACUUCGUGUACAUUAUACCUUAUUUUAACAGCCGUUUUGUUUAUGAGCAAUUUGCCUUACAGUCUUUUGGGAAGUAAGUCACCCUUGUGCUUCGGCUGGUCCGGCCCUGUGCUUUCUCUGCCUGGCGCUUGGGUGAGAGAGGGUGGCAGCCGUUCGGAGAGCCGCUCUGUCCCUGCGAAGGCUGAUGAAAUGUUCUCUUCAGACUCGUGGGGUAUUAUGUCGUCUAUGGCCCUGUGGUAGUUAUAUAUCAGAAAAUUAGGUAUGAUGGUCUUUGAAGCAAAAAUUUCAUUCCGAAGGAAUCUGCCGUCUAUCUGUUCUCGUCGUACUUUAAUUAUGCAUCAAAUACGUGCGCACACGCACAGCAACGCCUUGCAGAGUUGUUUGUAGUUGUAUUCUUGUGCCUGUACCCACUGUUGUCGUAGGAAAGACAAGAAAAAAGUUGUCUUACUUUCAUUUGUGUUUCCCUCGGUGCCUGGUAUGUGUAUAUAUACAGUGCCUUUCACUUGGUUGGAAUGUACAAUAAAUAGUCAUUAAACUAGUUUUUUCUCUUUA